AUGGAAUACCUGUCGCUCAAAUCGGAAAAGUGCUCGGAAUUUAUUUGGUCUCAGUACCGCACGAGCUCGGUUGGGACUCAGGCUAAAACGCUCGACCUUAUCGCGAUCGGAGAACAACAAAUUAUCCCAUUAUCUUCUCUAAAGCUGCUAGACGAUUUGAGAGUUUACUUGCUGUCUUUGGAGAGAACUCUCGCGACACGCACUUAUCUCGUCCUCGAGCGACCGGGCCCAGCAGAUAUCUGCCUCUUUUUGGCGAUUUACUGUAGCAAAAACGUAUCUUUCGCCGGUUUUCCCAACCUCUUGCGUUGGUACAAAACUAUUUUCGCCAAAUUCGGCAGCAACUUGCCCACUGAUCCAAGAAUGGCACAGGGUGCAGCGAUUGAGCUCUCGGUCGACGAAAAAUAUAAUCUCAUCACCCGAAAUUUGGAGGAAGUUGUUGGCGAAAAUGAGAUCAAAGCUAUUUUGGCUGAGAGAAGCGUGAAGAUCUACUGGGGAAAGCCUCACAUCGCCUACUUUGUGCCAAUGUCGAAAAUCGCCGACUUUCUGCGCGCUGGCUGCGAAGUGCAGAUCCUCUUUGCUGAUCUGCACGCGUGUCUCGAUAACAUGAAAGCACCAUGGGAGCUGAUCAACUACCGCGUCGAGUACUACCGAGAGUGUAUUACCGGAAUGCUUGAAUCGAUCGGCGUACCGCUGGACAAGCUUUCCUUUGUCAAGGGCACGGAUUACCAACUCUCCAAAGAAUACACCUUGGAUGCGUAUAAACUAUCAACCAUCGUGACGGAAAAAGACGCCAAGAAGGCUGGAGCCGAAGUCGUCAAACAAUCCGAUUCAGCUCCACUUUCUGGACUCAUCUACCCAGGUCUCCAAGCGCUUGAUGAGGAGUACCUAAAAGUCGAUGUUCAAUUUGGUGGUGUUGAUCAAAGAAAAAUCUUCAUGUACGCCCGAGAAAAUCUCCCCAAGCUCGGAUACGCGAAACGAUCGCAUCUUAUGAACCCCAUGGUUCCUGGCCUCACCGGUACUAAGAUGUCUUCGUCCGAAGCAGAUUCAAAGAUCGAUCUCCUCGACCCUCCAUCUGCAAUUAAAAAGAAGCUGAAGAAGGCUUUCUGCGAGGAAGGAAACAUCGAAAAUAACGGCCCUCUCGCAUUCACUAAGCACGUGCUCUUCGGAUGCCACGGACAGUUCGAAGUCUUGCGAAAAGAAGAAUGGGGCGGCAACAAAAUUUACAAGGAUUUCCAAGAGCUCGAAGAUGAUUUCAAAAAUAAAAAUGUCCAUCCUGGUGAUCUGAAAAACUCUGUGGGAGCUGCUAUCGAUCGUCUCCUUGCUCCUAUCAUCAAGAAAUUCGAAUCCGAAGAAAUGAAAACAUUAGCUGCAAAUGCCUAUCCUGUUGAAAAAGUUACAAAAGUGAAGAAAGAAAAGAAGAAACAUAAUAUCAGACCUGAAGGCGUUGAGCCUAAACCAAAGCAAAAGCAACAGCCAAAGGAAGCUGAGCCUCAAAAGCCUGCUGAUAUCUCAAGGUUACUAAUGAAAGUAGGAAAAAUUACAAAAUGCGAAAAGCACCCGGAUGCAGAUGCCCUUUACCUGGAAGAAAUCGAUUGUGGCGAGGAUAAACCGAGACAAGUUAUCUCUGGAUUAGUGAAAUUCGUUCCCCUGGAAGAGAUGCAAGAUCGAAUGGUUGUUAUUUUGUGCAAUUUGAAGCCCGCUAAAAUGAGAGGCAUUCUUUCGGAAGCUAUGGUCAUGUGUGCGUCUACUCCUGAUAAGGUUGAAAUUUUGUGUCCACCAGAAGGUGCCGUCCCUGGCGAUAUCGUCACCGUCGCUGGAUUCGAAGGCGAACCCGAUGCUAUCAUCAAACCAUCUUCGAAGAAGCAAGUUUCUGCUUUUGAACAAGUCGCUCCAGAUCUGAAAACAAACGAUGCUCUGGAAGCUACUUACAAGGGAGUCACUUGGGAAGUGAAAGGAAAAGGAGCAAUCAAAGCGCAAAGUCUGCAGAAUGUUCAAAUCAAAUAA